UCCUUUCCUUAAGAAUUUUCCGUGAAGCUAAAUCACAACAACACAUUACCUUUGUUAUAAGACUAAUGAUAACAUCUCUCCUGUUUGUGUGGUGGCAGGUACGGUGGUGUCAGUUCUCGCCGGCGGUGGUGGUGGUGGUGGUGACGGUGGCUGGCUUUUGUACCGCUCAGAACUCCGCCUCAAGGGAAGACUCCAAUGAAAGCUUCCACCCAAGCCCUCUGAUCAUCGAGUCUCCCUUCUCCUUCCGUCCCAGGCCCAGAGGAGGACGACUUUACGACUCUACAGGUCUCUCAUUUUCCUCCUCCUCCUCACCUUCCCCUUCUGCUUUUCGUUCUCCUAAUUCCUUUUCAUCCCCAUCUUCUUCUUCCUCUGAAACAUUCUCGUCUUAUUCCAGUCUGCAGUCACCUUCUGCCUCCUCUUCUUUCUCCUCUCCAUCAUUCUCAUCAUUCUCCUCUAACGUCUCUCCCUCUCCUUCGCAAUUCUCCUCCCCGUCCUUCUCCAUAGUCCAAGCUACUGGAGUGAAGCUACAUGACACGAGCUCCUCCCACGACUCACGUGAAAGCUUCGGAUUACCACACAGUCCCUCCCUCGGCUAUUCGGCGCCUGGAAUCUCCCCCACACUGAACAGUCACGGGAGUACAGGACUGAUAUCUUCUCCCCAACAAAGCUAUGGAGCCCCUCCUAGAGUCAGCCCAGCCCCAUCUUAUAACCCUACCCCUGCUCCGAUACAAGAUUAUGGCCCCCCUCCCCCUAGACCCACCCCUGGUCCCUCGUAUAUUCCCCCAUCCACAUCCCACCACAAUCACGGCUCGAGGGAAAGGUUGGACAGUCUCGAGGUCCCGGACAACAUCUUCGGGGAUUCCAUAGAGAGCUUCCUCAACGCUCCUCCUCAUGAUAUAUCACCGUCUGGCACCUCAAGUUUCUUAAAUUCCCAGCCAACAAGAGGUUUUUCUAGCCCGCCUGACAGAUCAACUUCCCACGAAACAUUCCUUCGUCCUGCCACGUUCAGUUCUCAGCCAUUAGAUUUCUCUAAUCCACCUGGCAGACCCGAUCCCCAUGAAAUAAUCCAUCGUCCUACCGCGCUCAAUCCUCCGUCAGGUUUUUCUCUACCAUCUAGUGACUUGAGAUCGGCUGAAAUUUUUCAUUCCCUUGAAAGUCAUAGGCCAUCCUCACAGAGAUUUCCCUCGUCCUCAUCCGACCACCUGGCUUCGUCCAGCACCUUCCACGGCCCUGGUGUUGGCUCUCUUUCGCUUCAUGACUCGAGCGAAACUUCCUCUGAGUUGUUUUUGAGGACAAGUGGACAGCCGCGGCCCAACUUUGCCCCGCAAGUUUCCGCAAGUCAGCCGCAGACAAGCUUUGUUGGGGCAUUUCCAAACUACUACUUCAAUUACAACGUGCACGAUCCAGAAGAGGAUGACUUCGAUUCCCUUGGGCGAGGUAAUAAGGGGCCUAACUUCGGGCACAGCGAGCGACGCGAGGGCGGCCGCACCGAGGGUCGCUACUACGUCGAGCUGCCGGACGGCCGCACGCAAGUGGUGGAGUACUACGCGGACGAGACGGGAUACCACCCAACCAUUACGUAUAUAUAGAGAGUGAAUGGUAGAAACUGUCAAGGCAUAUAAAUGACUAAUUUUCUAUCUGUUCAGCGCCAUAUAUGACUUCGUUGCUGCGGCGUCGGUGUUGGUCAAUCAAUCAACUAAUCAGUCUCUGCCUGCUGCUUGAAAACUCUUGAUGUCUAUCGAGUUGUUUUGAGUACAAGGGUAAGAGAUGAAACACAAGGCAAUACUUCCCUCAUAGUCAUUAUCAUACACUGUCUGUAAUUUUCAACAAACCAAACAAACCAUAAUUGUAAACUUAAUGCUUCUCAAAUCGCUCCACAUGUGUAUAAGAUUAAGAGAUGGGCUACUGUGUACAUCACAAACCAUUGCUUCCACCAGUCAUUAUCGUCCGCUGAUUAUGUAUAUUCUCGUACGCACCAAACUAAAGAAGCCAUGGUAUUUGUUUGUAUUCGUGUUCUACAGCACGUCGUGGGAUGGACUUACUGAGGACAAUAAAAAAAAAAAAAUGUUCUGCAGAAAAGUCAGGAACUCAUGUAAAUACCAGAGAAUAAAGAGAGGUUCUGGA